AUGGCGGGGAAUGAGUGGAUUAAUGGCUAUUUGGAAGCAAUAUUGGACACAGGAACUGCUGGAACAAUUGACUAUCAGCAGCAGCGUCUAUUAGAAAGUAGUCCUGCUCGAAGAAUUGUUGCUGUGAAUGCUACUAAAUAUUUCAUCCAGGAGGUUGUCUCGGGCUUCGAUGAGACCGACAUUCAUCAGACGUGGAUGAAGGCAACUGUUUGUAGGAACUCAAAAGAGAGGAGUGCACGGCUUGAGAAUUUAUGUUGGAGGAUAUGGCAUAUAAGCCGCAAGAGAAAACAGAUUGAGUGGGCAAAUACACAAAGAGUUGCAGACCGUCACUUUGAGCAUGAGCAAGGGCGAAAAGAUGCUGCGGAUGAUUUGUGCGAGGAUCAUCCAGAGGCAGACCUACAUUCAGAUAUAGCUGGAACUAGGCUCUCAAGAAAUAGCUCCGAGACAGAUGUGCGGAAAAGUUUCAAUGAAGGACAGCACAAAGACAAGUGUCUGUAUAUUGUCUUGAUCAGCUUACAUGGACUUGUUCGUGGGGAGAACAUGGAACUUGGACGUGACUCGGAUACAGGAGGUCAGGUCAAGUAUGUUGUGGAGUUUGCAAGAGCUUUAGCUAUGAUGCCCGAAGUUUACCGCGUGGAUUUGUUAACUCGUCAAAUUUUGGCACCAGAUGUUGACCGUAGCUACGGUGAGCCCACAGAAACGUUAGCCCCAGGUUCUUAUGACUGCUGCGGAGACGAAGUAGGAGAGAGUAGUGGUGCCUACAUUGUGCGCAUUCCCUGUGGUCCGAGGGAUCAAUAUCUACGGAAGGAAUUAUUAUGGCCAUAUAUUCAAGAAUUUGUAGAUGGGUCGCUAACGCACAUUGUGAACAUGGCUAAAGCUUUAGGAGAACAGAUAACUGGUGGGGACUCGGUAUGGCCUUAUGUGAUUCAUGGACAUUAUGCCGACGCAGGGGAUAUUGCUGCUCUGAUUUCAGGUGCAUUGAACGUACCAAUGGUCUUAACAGGUCAUUCUCUGGGCCGCAACAAACUUGAACAACUGUUGAAGCAAGGACGGCAGUCUAAGACAGAUAUCAACACAAACUACAAAAUUAUGCGGAGAAUAGAAGCUGAAGAGUUUUCCUUAGACACUGCGGAACUCGUCAUAACUAGUACAAGACAAGAAAUUGAAGAACAGUGGGGAUUAUACGACGGUUUUGAUCUGAAGCUUGAAAAAGUUUUGAGGGCUAGAAUAAAAAGAGGCGUCAGCUGUCAUGGCCGACACAUGCCUCGCAUGGCAGUUAUUGCACCUGGAAUGGAUUUCAGAAGCGUUGACCAAGAAGCAUUUGAUAUACUAGAAGGUGAAAUAGAAGGAGAAGGCAUCCCUGUGGCGCCUCCAUCUCCUAAACCUGAACCACCUAUUUGGAGUGAGGUUAUGAAGUUUUUUACCAACCCCCAUAAGCCAAUGAUUCUGGCCCUUGCUCGACCUGAUCCAAAAAAGAACCUAGCAACGCUUGUAAAAGCCUUUGGAGAAAGCAAGCCGCUACGGGAAUUGGCAAAUAUGACAUUAAUAAUGGGGAACAGAGAUGACAUCGAUACAAUGCCAGGCACAAGCUCCAAUAUACUCACGAUUGUCCUUAAACUUAUAGACAAGUACGAUCUUUAUGGUCAAGUUGCAUACCCAAAACAUCACAAGCAAAAUGAAGUUCCAGACAUUUAUCGGCUAGCUGCCAAAACUAAGGGCGUAUUUAUCAACCCUGCACUGGUGGAGCCCUUUGGUUUGACCCUUAUUGAGGCAGCUGCACAUGGUUUACCUAUGGUUGCUACAAUGAAUGGAGGUCCAGUAGAUAUUCAAAAGACUCUGAGUAAUGGAGUUCUUGUGGAUCCACACGAUGAGCAAGCCAUCGCAACUGCAUUGAUCAAACUUGUUGCCGAUCGUUUGUUGUGGGGAGAAUGCCGUCGUAACGGCCUAAAAAAUAUUCACAUGUAUUCAUGGCCUGAACAUUGCAAAACAUAUCUAUCAAAGAUAUCUCUUUGCAAAAGGAAACAGCCGCUAUGGCAAAACAAUUUUUCUAAUCAUAGUACUGAGGACAAUUCCCAGGAAGAUUCUUUAAAGGAUGUGGAAGACAUAUCUUUACAGCUAUCUGACGAUGGAGAAGUACCCGAGAACGUUGAGAAGGGCAAGCAAAUAUAUGACAAACAACUAAGUAUAGUGGCUACGGAACAGAAACUUAUUGGGCUGGAGAAGUUGCAAAAUUGUAAGUUCCCUUUCUUAAGGAGAAGAAAAAAAGUGUGUGUUCUAGCAAUAGACAGCUACGACAGCAAUAAAGCUUCCAAGAACAUGCUGGCUGCAGUUCGUGAGAUAUUCACAGCUUGUAAGAUGGGGUUAACGGGCUUUAUUCUUUCUACGGCCAUGACAGCUUCAGAGACCCUAUCAGCGCUUGCAGAAGAUGGAAUACCCGUGACAGAUUUUGAUGCCUUGGUUUGCAACAGUGGUGCUUCGCUGUACUAUCCUUCAAUGAGCUUCAACAGUCAGGUGCACCUGGUGCCAGAUUAUGACUAUGAUCAUCACAUUGAUUAUCACUGGAAUAGCGACGGGAUAAGGAAGGCAAUGAGCAGGCUUACUUUCUCAGAGGCUGGAGACCUGCCAAUAAUCAUUGAGGAGGAACUGCGUUCUAGCACGCACUGCGUUGCUUAUCGGGUCAAUACCGCAAAUAUGGUGAAAGUGGAUGAGUACCGUCGCCUCUUGAGAAUGCGUGGCUUAAGGUGUCAUAUUAUCUACUGCCUGAAUACCACAAAGCUUCACAUAGUUCCAUUGCUGGCCUCUCGUUCCCAGGCCAUAAGGUACUUGUUUGUGAGAUGGGGAAUGGAUAUAGGAAACACUGUUGUUUUUGUUGGUGAGACCGGUGAUUCCGAUUACGAGCAGCUGCUAUCCGGGAUCCAUAAGAUUAUUGUCUUAACAGGCCUUGUUCCUCACAGAGCUGCUGGCAAGGAAGAUGUGGUUCACACGACUGGGACUAGAGAAGACGUUGUCCCAUCUGAGAGUAAUAAUAAUCUUGUCGCAACUAGUUGUGAAGCUAUUGCUGCUGCACUCAGCAAGAACAAGGUGGAGGCUGAAGACACUUGUGCAUCAGCUUUAAUGCUGGAGAGUGUGUUCUAUAGUGGUAUAGUGCAGGUUUAA